AUGGCGGCGGCCGGCGGGUUCAGAACCGUGGAACCUUUGGAGUAUUACAGGAGGUUCUUGAAAGAAAACUGUCGGCCUGAUGGGAGGGAGCUUGGUGAAUUCCGGACCACCACUGUCAACGUAGGUUCGAUUACCACUGCAGACGGCUCUGCCCUUGUGAAGCUAGGAAACACAACUGUGAUCUGCGGCAUAAAGGCGGAAUUUGCAGCACCCCCUGCUGAUUGCAGCAAUAAAGGCUAUAUUGUUCCGAACGUCGACCUUCCUCCGCUCUGUUCGCCAAGAUUUCGGCCGGGACCACCGGGGGAGGAGGCUCAGGCGGCUAGUCAGUUCAUGGCCGACGUGAUAGAAAAUUCGCAGGUGGUAAGGAAGGAAGACCUGUGCAUUGUGGAUGGGAAGCUUGCUUGGGUCCUGUAUUGCGAUGUUAUAUGCUUGGACUACGACGGGAAUCUUCUGGACGCCUGCAUGUGUGCUUUCCUAGCAGCUCUAAAAAAUGUGCAGUUGCCGGCUGUCCGUAUAAACGAAGAAACGGGGUUAGCCGAAGUCAACCUGAAAGAGAAGUCUCCUUUGACGGUCAGAAAGGAACCGGUGGCCGUGUCAUUUGUGCUUUUUGACUCGCUAGUGAUCGUUGACCCGACUACAGAAGAGGAGGACUUGGCAACAGGCACAGUAACGAUUGUGACCGACGAAAACGGCGAACUGUGUUCCGUCCAUAAACCAGGAGGGAGUGCACUAACAGAGGCCAAGCUUCAAGACUGUAUCAGCCGUGCAAAAACAAGACACAAGGAAGUGAAGAAGCUCCUGGAUAAACUGAUCAAAAGUGCAGAGGCAACAUAAGCAAACCGUUGGGUCUCUUUGGGAAGUGG